GAUAGGUGCUUUCCUUUGGCUCAAUGCGUAUCCAUACUUGGAACCUACUCCCUCCUUCUUCUCUUUACUGCAUUCUUCCUUCCACGCUCUUCCAUAUAUCUUGGCAUUGAACUUCCUGAGCCGCGUACCUCACUCGACAGGCCACAGGCUGAGUUCCUGAAGCCGUUGACCUCGAAGCCAGCUUUGACCAUCACAUGGAUGGUAUUGGGAGCAGCCAUGGUCGCCAUGUGGUGGUCAGGAUGGGUCAGGGCAUGGUGGCUGAGUGAGCGCGGAGCUACCACCGAGGAUACUGAGCAAAGAGUGAGGGAGAAAUUAGCAAGCAUGAGGAAUGCAUGGAUGGUGACAAUCGGAAUGGUUCCAAUAAUGAUGUUAGCUUUAAUCUUAUUCGGAGCGCCUAUUGCCAGCCAUGUCGUGGAGACGUUGUCACUCUCUUUAUUGUUGUCUCUUCUCAUCACCUUUGCGCCCGUCUACACCUUACCCUUACCUCAUGUUACCAUAUACAAUCCCCCCAGCCCCGGGCGGCCUGGGACUACCUUUGAUGCAGCUUCAGCAGCCAACAAGCUCAUAUGGGUUCGAUUGUUCUCCGAAUUAAAGACAGGUCUUCCUUCGGAACGUUUCAUUGUUUACCCUAUAAUCGGAGUCCUAGUUGGGGCCUGGUUAGCCGCUAUCCCCCUUGCACUUGAUUGGGAUAGACCGUGGCAGGCAUGGCCACUGCUCCCCGCAUACGGUGCCGUACUUGGGAACAUCAGUGGUGCGCUUUGUGCGCUUAUCCAAACUAGUCUCGAGGCUUUA